CAGGAUUUCGUGUUUGUUUUUUUAUUUUAGAUUUUCUUAGCUUAUUUAUUAGUGUUUAUAUCGUGAUCUUUCCCGGCUGCGCUGGGACCUUGGGAUCCGCAUCAUCAUAUCAUGUUGAGGCUGACUCGUCAUGUCACUUGGUAUCGCCACGCACUGUUUGUUCAAUGCAGUUUUAGCAUUGUUGGUAGUCCUUUUAAUCACGAAUCUUGCUGACAAUCGUUGCUUGGGGAAAAUUCUGCACGGUGAAGCAUACACCGUACCUGCUCGCUGUUUUCGUGAUGUUUCCAUAGUGGAGAGGCCUAGGCACGCUCACGUGGUAAUACAUCCGAUAUAGGAGUCUUGCUUGCAAUAUCAUCUUGAGUCAAUAAUUCCAAUCCCUCCUUCGAUUGUUCUCCGGUUGCAGGAGUUAUAGAUGUGGUGAGCGUGAGCUCCCGAAAAGUUCUUAGGAGAGGUCUCCGGACUACAAUUGAGCAGCUUGAGUGAUCACCAUUGCUUCAAUUCCCUAAGCCUGAUAGAAAACAACCUCAUACGUUUUAAGGUAACAUUCAGUUCAGUACUGCUCCUCAAGUAACGCUACAAAACUCUGAAGUUACCUUACGCAGCAUCAGAAACUUGUAUAGCCCAAGUGUUGAUUCAGCGAGAUACAAGCUUACAACUGAGGGUUGGCUGCGCUGUUGGAAAGGAAUAACACCAUGAAAAGAAUGUAAGUGAUCAAAAUAUUGGGUGGGGUUUAAAACUGGCUGCGACGUAGGUCAGAACUGAGCCAAUCCGGCAACCUCUUCUCCAGGAAGAUAAGAUAGGUAUGAGUCCUGCCAGUACAGGUCUCAACAAUGAUAGCACUGAGGCUACAGACCUCUCCAUUGUACAGGGUACCAGUAAUCCCCCUCCCGUCCAAGACAGGAAAGAAUAGACUUGAGAACUGACCAGUGUCCAUGUCUCGUCAAUCUCGUGUGAGAUGCAUCGUUUCUACAUGCAAAGGCCUUUGUUGCGACUCCAAAACGAGGUGCAUCAAAAGGUCCUUGCAUCCAGUACCCGCCCAAUAACUCUAACCCCAAUAGCCUACUCGCAAGCUACCCCUCCAAGGAAGUCGGGGGCAUCGAGAACCAAUAGAUUGCAUGGAAGGGCGAUAUUCCGAGACGACUUGCCAGAUACAAAAACAGGCACGUAAAUACUAGCGAAAAUCGGGCAUGCACAGCGCAGUUCAGCGGCAAGUUAUGCAACUACUGAACGGCACAGCACUCCCCGGGGAAUGAAUCUGCGCAGCCGCUGGUGAUUUUCCGGUCUGAAAUCCUCCGCAUUGAUGAAAUAGGAAGCUCGAAUUGACUGUGGAGACGAUUUAUGCGCGGGACGUUUUUCAGCUGAAAACUCGAUGCAACGUGAAAUACGACUUGCAUGAGACUAGUGAAUUUGUAUGCAAAGCAGAUCAGAAUGAUCAUUGUUAUUGGAUGGAGCUCGGGAUAUUUGUUUGAUCUAGAACUGGUAUCACGAGAUGGAUACUACCUUCGACUGUGCAGGUAACCCAAUACGAAUAUUCAUAGCGAGUUCUCGUUGUCGAGAUCAGUCCACCUUGGUGAUCGAGGUGCAGUAAGAGUUAGAAGUUGCAGGAAUGGAGAGGCGGAGGUUUGACCGAAGACCUUCGCCUUCAAGCAAUCGACAAACGUUCUCACUCAACACUACCUCUUCACACCCUCCUAACUCAUCACGAUGGUCAAGCCUCUCUACGUCGUCUACGCCCUCUCUGCUAUCGCAGGAACUGAGGCAUGCAAGAGAACCUGCUCUGCCUCCAACGACGCUGGCACCACCUGCAGCUACUCUUGCACCCAGGUUUGCUCCAGCAUCUCGGCCAAGCAAGCUCGUGAUACCUUCCUCGCGGCUCUACAGUCCGGCGGCAACUCGUGUUCUGCUGUUGGAACUAGUGGUGUCUCGUGCAGAAAGACGGCCAAGUUUGGAAGCUGUUAUGAUCAUCACUGGUCUUGCGGCAGUGGCUGCUAGAUUAUUCACAAGGCGGAGAGCUAUAUAGUUGUGCAAGAUAUUGAUGGAGGGCAGAAGUAUGAUGCCGAAGUCUAUGCAAGUCUGAACCUGUAGUUAGUCUUGGUGGAUGUCAUCAGUAUUUAGCCAAGGUCUCUUCAAAUCAACAAAGUCUAUUGAUUCGA